AUGAGAGCUGCAGCAGCAACCGGGUGGGGGCGGGGGGCGACGAUGGAAGGAGAAUGGGUCCCUCGCUCUCCCCCCGUGCUCCCCGGAUCCUUCCCCCGCGUGACCCCAGACUCGGAACGAUGGCGUUGUAGGCCGAGGCCAUCUCUCCUGGACAUCCCAGCUCGCGCUCUCUCUCUGCCGCACGGUGAUCCCUCGACGACCGCACACUCUGCCUCAUCCUCUCCUUGGGCACCCAUGUCCUCACCAGGCCAACCAGCAAGGGGCCUGGGCAAACGGGCCAAGAUCGCAUGCAAGUCUUGCCACCGCCGAAGGGUCAAGUGCGAUGCUUCCGACGUUCGGCCGUGCUGGCAGUGUCGCCUGCGGGGCGUGCACUGUGAGUUAAUCGAGACGCGACGAGGAAAGAAAAAGCCCGCACCCACACGAGCCAGCAAUAUCGCCCCCUGCACCCCGGCGUCGACCGAGCCAAAUCAAGGCUCAGGUCUUUCCACGGCGCACACCUCGCACAAGGAACUGAAUUCCCCAGUGCAGCGCACGUCUUCGCCUGAGGCGCCGAGCCCACCCACGUCUUCUAGUAUACUUCCCGAAAGUGUUGAACGAUACGACGCGAGUGAAGGCCCAGAAAUGCUCUACACUCGACUUGCGGAAACUGCGCCAGAUGUCGCAUCCCCGGGCUUCUCAACCGGAAAUGUCCGGUCUUAUUACAUGGGUGAUUCCUUCAGUCUCGCGUUCAUUGUGCGGUCACUAUCUGCGCCGUCUGCCGAGCCAAAGCUUCACUAUCCAAUCCCGAACCGUGUCGCAGAACAUGCACUGGAAGCCGCGGAGGGCUUAAAGGCCUCAGACCCGGCCACUCUCGCGUAUCUCAAUAUGCAUGGCGCAUUUACGCUGCCGCCGCAAGAUGUAAGCGACCAGCUCGUUCGUCUUUUCUUCGAAUGUGUCCAUCCGGCCUACCCCGUUUUUGAUCGCCAGGAGUUUUGCUCCUUAUAUCGCAACCGAAAAUCGUCUUUGCUGGUUCAGCAUACCAUCUACUUUCUUUCCUCGAUCAUCUGCAGUGAGGAUACCUUGAAGCGUGCUGGAUUUGGCGACAGAUUCAGUGCUCGGAGGGCAUUCUAUCUUCGUGCGAAAGCUCUCUACGAUGUGGAUUAUGAGAAGAGCAAAGAGAAACUUGCGGCGGUGCUUUUUCUCCUAGCAUUCUGGUGGGAAGGCCCAGAGGAUCAGAAGGAUACAUGGCAUUGGCUCGGUGCUGCUAUUGGUCUUGCUCAAACUCUAGGAAUGCAUCGAUCGACUGUUAACGCUGGAAUGCCGGAGCGACAACGAUCGAUAUGGAAAAGGAUAUGGUGGUCUAUCUACAUUCGCGAUCGUCACGCGGCCGCGUCUCUUGGUCGGCCUUGUCGCAUUAAUGACGAGGAUUGCGAUGUUGAAAUGCUUGGCAUGCAUGACUUCCUUGUCGAUCACGAACCCAAUAGCGAACUACUUUCUACAGAAUAUGAGUACCAGAGAUCUUAUUUCAUUGAGAUGGCAAGGCUUGCAAUUAUAUUGGGGAUGCUUCUCAACCAUGAAUUUGCACCCCGCAAGGCUACACACAGGAGCAACUCGACGGACCGUUUGAACGAGUACCUUUGCAGCUGGGAAAGAGAUCUUCCCCAAGAGCUUUGUCGGGCACCUGUUGAUGAGACACUUGGUGCACCUUUCUGGUCUUGUAUGCUAUAUGCAAGUUAUCACAACUGUCAGAUCCUGCUUUUUCGACACAAGGGGGGCAGCCCUGUGGCAGAAAUGUCGGCAUCGUUUCACAGGAAAGCGAGAGCUGCAGCGGAUUCCACCACCAGGAUUGUGGAAGACUUAUUAUCUGCAGGGACGUUAAGCUUUGGACAGCUGCAUUUAGUGCCGGCAAUCUUUGCUGCCCUGUCAAUUCACGCCCUCGUUAUUAGGAGCAACGAUUUAAUCCAGAAGCAGCUGUCUGAAAAUCGAGCUCGCCAGUGUAUCCUAGGAAUGAGUGAGCUUGCAAAGGGAUGGCCUGUGGCUGGGUGGAUUCUACGUCUUUUUAUCAACCUGAUGAAAAAUCUCACUGAAACCGGAUCCUACGAUUCUGGCCCGCCUCACUCACUAGAACGGGUCUCGGAUAUUGACCCUCAACAUGCACAGCAAUCAAUUCAUCCAGGGCCAAGUACCGAAAACCCUGCAAGCUACCCAGGAGGUGAUGGUGAUGGUGGCCACUACCUCGUUGCAAACAGGGGCUCGGUUUGUGACGGCGGGCAAGACAAUCUCGGUCUGGUUGAAGUCGAUCAGCUGAUGUCAGACAUAAUGCGGACUCCUGACCAAAACGACUUCGAUUUAAUGCUAAAUAACUACCUCUCAAGUAGCAUAUUCCCUUCCAACCUGGCGGUUCUGCAAGGAUCUAACAGCUUGUUCUAA